ACCAAAAUGCGCAUGAUGGCUGCUGAUCUGAAGCCAUCACGUCCUCCAAUUUAAUGUUGUAGCUUAUUUUUGCAGAUGCUGUGUUCAUUUUGAAACCUUUCAACAUGGCUCAGUGUAAACAGACUGCUCAGGAAUUUAUCCAGAACACAUUUAACCCGCAUGUAGCGGUGUUGUGUAGCCCCGACGCUGAAGUGUUGUGUCAGAAGAAUAAUUUGACGUUUGUGGAACUUGUGCAGCCCUUCUGUCACCUUACUACCGAAGCUCACAUCCGUGACCCCAACAAUGUGCCACACUGUAUUCGACACCUGAAAAUUUCAAUGGUGGAUAUGACAUCACAGCCACCCCAGCAAGCCAUCGCCAGGAAGAUGAUGAGCGAUGCCGUGGCCAAUGCUCAGCCCCAGCUGGUCGAGGGUGGGAGGGGAAAUGUCAUAUCCAUUGGCAACUAUGACCUUCAGCUAUCCGCAUCUACACCGUGGUUUGAAGCUUACCGAGACGUGUUUCUACAAGUGCUUCCCCCAAGUGACCACGAGUUCCUUAAUCACUGUGUAGGCUGUGUGUUUGUCGUGUCGUCCGGCCACUCCGACCCUAUCACAGGGUUUAAUAACCUGGCCGGUCAGCAGUACCAGCAACAGACACAGUUCCCCAACAAGAUGCCCCGCUGGCUGGCCCCCAACCUCAUGAAGUAUUACGUACUGCUGCAUGACGUCACAGAAGGGGAGGAUGCAAAAGCUGAAUCUAUCUACCAAAGCAUGAAGUCGACCUACGGAGCUAGUGGCUGUCAUCUCCUACACAUCAACUCCCGCAGUAUCAAGGUGGCUGAUAGCAUGAAGACGGAUAGUAACCUGCCCGACCCCUGGAGUCAGUUCCUCAGCAAACCCGUGGAUAACUCUAACAAAAAACGCCAAAAGGCUAGAUAUUACAUAGCAUGGGAUCCGGAGCUAUGUUACUGGCGAGUUCGAUUCAGAAACAAAGGGGAGGGAGCAGAUUACGAUGUCUCGAUGGGUAACGGCACCGACGACGGUGUGGCAUUUCCUGGGAAGGUUUCUGAAGGCACCCUGGAGUCUUCCUCGCUCACCGACAGCUUAUUAGUCGAAUCAGCCUCCGAAGCAUUGGAAGCAGCAUCAUCAGGAUCCGGGGCCGAUAGCGAUUUGUUCGACCACCCUCUGUCACUAGACCAUUCUACGAACUCGAUCAACCAUGUUGACGAACGUCUGUCGCCUGACGAAUCUGUCACCAUGGAAAGCAACCAUACAGGCAAUAACACCAAAGAUCAGACAACUCCAGACAAAAAAGUGCGUGGGCACGGGAUGUGUUUGACCACUAGUGACCACGACAGACUGCGGAUAUUUAUACACGAGUUCAGUGUACGCGCUCUGAUCCCCUGGGCAGAAAUGUCCAUGAGGUACCUAAAUGAACAGUUGACGUCCAGGAAGGGUAUUCCUAGGUCAAUAUUCAGUGUGACGAAGAAGUGGUUUGGGGGUAACAAGGCAACAGAGAAGGCUGCAGCAACCAACCAAAACACCACUGUAGUGUACUCGCAGGAAGCGCCCGAACUACAAAUGCGACGACUAGCAGACCUGGCUUUCCUCUUCCAGAUGUAUGACUUUGCAUACCAGACAUACCACACGGCCAAGCGUGACUUCAACAACGACCAUGCAUGGCUGCACACAGCUGGUGCACUGGAGAUGGCGAGUCUGUCUGUGUUUAUGCAGGGCACCGUUAGCUCACAGAAAUACCCGUCUCACUACAUGGAGUCCGCCAUUACUACCUACUUACAAUCAUGCAAGAGUCCGUUAUAUGCAGCGCGGGCGACCCUGGUAAGCAGUGAGGCCCUGAAGAGUAAGGGGAUGUACAACGAGGCUGCCCUGCAGUUCAUCAAGCUCACCAGCGAGGACUCCGACCUGAGAAGCGCCUUACUGCUGGAACAAGCGGCCCACUGUUACAUCAACAUGGAGAUCCCCAAGGUCCGCAAGUAUUCCUUCCAUAUGAUCCUGGCCGGUCAUCGCUACAGCAAGGCGGCUCAGAGGAAGCAUGCUUUACGGGCCUAUUCGCAAGCUUUACAGGUGUAUAAAGGCAAAAGCUGGUCCUUGGCGGAGGAUCACAUUAACUUCACUCUUGGUCGUCAGUCGUUUAACCUUAAACAGUUAGAGAACGCCACAGCUGCCUUCAAACACCUGCUGACAGAAAACAGCAAGCAGAUAGCCAGUCAACAGGGGGCCUUCCUUAGGGAGUACCUGUUUGUUUAUAAGCAAUUGCUGAGUCAAGAGGCUGGAGAGUAUGGCCACCCGUCCAGAUCUCUGCCAGAGUUACCCCUCCCAGUUCUGGACAUCAAUUCUACCAAGGUUCUGCUGGGAGCCAGGCCACAGCCCAGUCAAGCUCCUGACAAAGUAGCUACGUCCGGGGUGUGGUUCGACCACAAGGAGAGCAAUCACCCCCGCUGGCAGAAACUGGAAGAGGCAUUAGUGACCGCAGCUAUGGGGAGUCUGCCCAAUACAUUCCGAUCUACUCUUCAAUGUUACACUAACAGAACGGAUAACAAAUACAGUCCUGUCGGCUUUGUGGGAGAGCCUAUAAUUGUGGAGGUGUACCUGGUGAACCCUCUCAAGGUCAUGUUAGUGCUAACGGAGGUCACGUUGCUAUGGAGUUUCCUUCCCACACUUCCGGGCCAAGACAAAGCCCAACUCAUCACCAACGAGGUGUCGUCAACCUCCGUUAAGAAUACCUUGGCUAAUGAAAUAAUACAAACGCAGGUUAUUGACGAAAUCAUUAUGGAUGCAAAUACCAAAUUGACGACUCAGAUCACUUUGACACCUCACCAGACGGGCGAGCUGAGGAUUGUUGAGAUAUCAUACAACCUGGGAGGGGUGCUGAUCGAGGGAAAUGGUCCCAAACCAAACAUGUCCAAUACUAUAUUUGUGCGUGGUAAACAAAAGCUGGAGGUUCAGGGGCCGCGUCUCAACAUCUCCAAAGAAGACAAGGCAAAAAAGGUGUAUGGACCAGAUCGGCGGCUAGAUCUGGUCAUACAACAGGAAAUGCCCUUGUUGCAGGUCUCGUUUUGCAAUUUCCCUCGGACAUUGUUGUGUGGCGAAGUGCAUGCUGUGAUGUUACAGUUUACUAACGUUGGUUCUAGUCCCCUUCACAGACUCAAAGUCGCUUCCACGUCACCCGAGUUUUUUACUCUCGGUUGCCAUGGACAACUUCCGAAAUUUCCGUGUGUUUAUCAAACAGCUAUGGAUGUUGGUGUGAGUGACAGUGAAUGUAUGUGCAAUUCUAUAUCUAAAGACAGCGUGAGUGUUACGCGGGUUGUGGACAUUGGUCUACCUAGUGGAACUCUUCAGCCAAAAAGUACAAUUUCAAUACCCGCCUGGAUACGGGGAAAUGACAUAGGCGGAAUUCAUGAGAUUCACUUUAUGUUUUAUUACGAACCAGUGCAAAAGCUACCUAAUAUAAGCCAUAGACUUUUACGCCACACAGCAGUAGUAAAUACGUUAGAGUCGCUGAGUGUGCGGGCUAUCGCGCACCGGGGAAACAACACAAACUCACAUCCAAACGGCCACAGAGGUUCCUGUGUUGUCAUGUGUGAACUAGAAAAUCUAAGUCAGAUCCAGAGUCAGCGGGCGUACGUGAAAGAGAUUCAGAUCAACCAGGUGUCGUGUGCCAGUGAGGAAUGGUCUAUACAGUACCUCAAUUCUCAACACAUCAAGUCAGAAAUACAGAUUGGUAGUCGGGAAACCAUGCAGUUGUGUCUGAAAGCUGUCCGUAGUUCUACAAACUUAGAUACCAUUAUGGGUAAAGAGUCGAUUGUGUUCAGUGAUGUUCCUUUUGAUACACAACAGAUAUGCAGUGCACUGACGCCGUGUGCAGACUUUUUCUUCCGAUCAAAAUGCAGUAUUAAGCCCCUGGAUCCAGACACAGAGGUCCCUACGUCUCAUAGCAGACGCAAGCCGCAAGAGUUCACAGACAUUAACUGUGCCAUACAAGUGGGCUUCACACUCGUCAUUCUGUGGAAAGCAUGUGUAGUCAACGAGGACGGAGAAGUUCAAAUCAGGGUCGGUCAACACCAUGUGACCAUAGAGAAAAUUGACGACAUCUUCACCUCGUAUCCCUAUGUUCUUAUCCCGACAGAAGAGCCAGUGGUCAGGUUUGUGAUGAAGGAUCUCGAAGCCGAGGCGAGCACACCCGACUCAGAGGUCACAACACAGCUGAUUGACUUCAACUUUAACCAUAGGUCAGAGGUCAAACAUAAUUUCUCCAGUGGAAGAUUGUGCCAAGUGCCAGUGACAUUACUUCUACAAAAUUGCUCAAAAGUGAUGCUGGACGUUCUUGUGGACACAAGUCAAUCUCCAGACAGGUUGAGCAGCAAGUCAAAUGAGGCUUCCUUGUACGAUCAUUCAGGAGAGUACCACCAUAACAGCAGCUUUAACUGGGUGGGACAGACCAUUACACAGCUGCGUCUGGAGCCGGAGCAGCAGGCCGCAGUGCGACUGUCGGCUUGUUUCAGCAAGCCGGGUAUCUACAACCUGAACCGUGUGGCUGUGUUUGUUACGUACACACGAGACUCAAACCAGAUGGUGCUGCAGAGACAUCGUUCUCCUAGUGUGGUAGUCAUCGGGGAGGUGUCUUGAUCAGAUUGGUCGAAAUUCCUAAUUGGUGGGACGAAUGACGAGGUCUUCUUCAACGUCACAGUUUCAACCGAGUCGAUUGAUUGACAAGAAACUGAUCAAAUCUACUGAUAAGGAUGACAUCCAUUACAUUGUCCCUGAUUGGUGUAGCUUGUGAUCACUGUUCCAGGAAAAAGAUCUCGUCAUUGGUGUAACGACGGUGAGGACCUCUGGUCGGCGUGCCAUCAGUGGCGACUUCUAGUCCAUUUGUAAUUGGUUAGGUCACCUGAUUGAUACGACAUCAUUCAAUUGGAUCAUAAGAUUGAUGAAGAAAACAAUAGCCACAUCCUGUGCUGGAUUUUGAUCCAGAGUGAAUCCUAAGAAACCUUCAUCAGUGGAAACAGACUUGUUGUUAAAGGUGUUUCCGAACAGGAGAGUUACAAUACGUUUCGUCACCGGGAGGGGGAUUCUGGAUGUGCACUUCAUCAGACUUGUUGCGAUGCAGUUUCUGGGUACAAUGCAUGUUAUGACAUCGUCACUGAGCACAGUUUCUUCCAUCCCCUUGGUGAUCAUAACAGGCAGAGGUGACAGGGACACAGGCAUCGUUUACAUAUUAAUCUCACCGUAUUCCACAUUGAACUCUAGAAAUUGGUGGCCGAUCGUUGUCAUCAACUUCAUAUGUCUAGAAAGAUUCAUGCCAUUUUCACCACUGCUCACAAGGUGACUGCAAAUAUGGUGUCGUUUCAGUUUGAAACUUGCUUGCUCAUUUUUGCAAUGAUGUUCAUCCACCGGUAAGGCGUUGAAUGAUAUGACGGAACCAUUCCAAUACCCAAUCUAUGCCUCGCUAAUACCUAAGAGUCUAACUAAACCAAUCGCACGCCCCAUUGAUUAUAUUCCUGGUCUUUUAACUCUGUAGACCAUAAUAGACUCAUCCAUAUUAAUACAUAGUAGAAUCUACUAUUGUUACAUAGGGAUGAAAGGAUCAAGAGAUUCCAUAAAGUUAGGACCUAUAAUAAUUCACCAUUACUGGCUGAAUUUGUAUAGUUAUUGAUCGAUUGAAUUGUAUUAGAUAUUUCUUUCAAAAAGUCCAAACACACUGGAAAAUGAUCAUUGAUUUUAAAUAUUUUUAAAGUUCCUUUCACAACCAAGGGUGUUUCAAUUGAAAUUUGAAUGGUUUAGUUGCCACUUGUGUUAUAGAUAUUGAGACGGGUGGAGAUGCAGGGUGCACUUGUGUGUGUUUGUGGAGGCCGAAUAAGAUUACAAUACAGGUCACACUCCUAUUUAUCUUAUGGCAGAAAAGGCCAGUUUAGCCUGUGAUAAUUCUUUUCCUUGAUUUGGAGAUAUGAAGACUAUACAUAUGUAUGUGUGAAUAUAAUAUCCAAGACUUUGAAAUAUGAAUUCGCAUAUUAAUAUCUGUUAAAUAUACGAAUAAUGUACAUAUGUGUAAUUAUUUCACUAAAUGGCUGUAUCAGCAUCUUUAAAAAUCUGCAUACCUGCUGUCACCGAUUAGUAGAAGUCAGAAUUUGUGGUUUCUUGUCAAGGUCAUUGUGUGAAGGUCGUUGUGCCCCAUGUAUUCAAGCUUGUGUGUAGUUAACUCAUUCAUCCCUGAAGACACAUUUGAACUCUCCCAAUUCAAAGGUUGGAAUAGUUCAUUAUGAAGUUUCAGGGGUGAAUGAGUAGACACACAGCAAACACUUGGAUUAAACAAGGACACUUACUAAAAGAAAUAUUCUAGGAUUAAAAAUGUUCUUAGUUUGUUUAUAAUUAUUAUUAUAUUUUGUCCUGUUCAUUCCAGUACAGGGGUUUAGUCAGAGAUUAGUAACGUUACAAGUAUUACCCAUUUUAUUUAGCAAUACAUACAAAUGUAAUUAUUUAACUAACUUGUUCACACUGAAUGCAAACGUUAUAAUCAAACCAAGUUACAUGCGCAAUCAGACUGAUAAUCAGGGUGACUGUGUCCUGUUUAGUACGCAUUUCUUAACUAUUUAUGAAAAAAUAGAUGCGAAACAAGACUUUUUGUGAUGCAGAUACAAUUCAGAUCAUCAUCAGUGGGAAGCUUGAAGAAUUUAAGUUUUUUCUUCAUUUAUGUUGUUAAAACAGCUGGAUUGUAGUUGUUGGAUUGGACUUUAUGGUCUUUUAAAUAUGUUAGAUGUCGAUAAAGCAAAUUUGUUAGGCUGCUUUGAAGAGUCAUUCGCCAGUCAGUUUGAUUUAGUUGUUUGUAUUACUGGUGCCUUAACUGUUUCUCCAACAUAAAUGAAGAAAAAGAGAUUCUUUCAACAUUAUGAAAGGUGUCCUUGACAUAACAAUUCAGAUCAUGUGUAGACGUGAUUUUUUUAAAAUACAAAUUUUAAUCAGAAGCCGUACAUAUAUCGUAGUAAAACCAGACAUGAAAUUCAGUUUUCAUUGUUUGUUGAUACAUUAUAUAAUUAGUGUAUGUCAUGCUUCCAUUUCUAACUUAUAGUAUUUGAUGUGCCAAGCGUCACUGUCAUUCACACCAAAUAGUACAGGUACACAUGUAUACAUAUAGCCCUGACAACUACUCAAUGUAAUCCUGCUUAUUUAAUGAUUAUAUAUCCAUAUUUAUUAUUGGUGAAAAACAUUGAAAUCUAUGAACCUGCUGCCUUAGAAUAUGGAAAAAUCUUGGUUAUAAUUGAAUCCUGCAAUAAUAUUUCUUUUGUCUGCCUUUCCCAGUAGUCCUCCUCCCUCUUGUGUCUACCAGUAGAAGACGAGUUCGAUCAACUAAAGUAUACAUAACUAUAUGGUCUAACUAUAGAGUACAAUUGUCAUCAAACUCACUUAGGUAAUAUGCAUUGUGCACAAAGCUAAAAAUGGUGCCCAUGACUGGACGACUGUGGUACGACUUACUGAUUUCCUUUUGUCGGCCCAAAGUAGCUAGUGGUCGUCUCUCUGCAUGCGUAAUUAUUUGAAACCAAGGCAGUGAUUGGUUGUUGUUAACCAGCAUGUGUAAGCACAUUAGGUGUAAGAGCUAGACUAUGGUAAAAUGGCUGUUGAUUGAACUUGCCCACAAAGUCAUGAAUCAUUGGUUCUCAUUAUGAAAAGGCAAAUGUUAACAGAAGCUACCACUUUCCAGAACACAAUGCUACAGUAUAUUGAAAAGGAAUGCCAAUAGAACGUCCUAAGACCAGCUACUGAAAUUGCAACAGAAUGUUUUCUGGCAUCUAGACUUCGACAUAAAUAAAUAAUUUUCGACCAAUGCUUAGGGUUAAGGAAACUGCUUCCGACAUUUCAGCUUACCAAAAAUAAAUGAGAGUUCUUUUUAGUUACUGUGCAAUAUACAAAAUCAAUGUACUUCAAGGUGUCUGGUACAAUUAGAAAAAAAAGGUAGUCCUCUCUCCUAUUUAUUAAUAAUUGUCUUAUCAUAUUCUUUAAGUUAUCUUGCUACAUGUUGAACAAAUAUUUAUUUAUAGUACCUAUACAAUUUACUAUGUACACUUCCAUAUGUUAGUAAGCAGAUUUACUGUUCACAACUUUUACGGUGAAAUCUGUCAAGUGUGACACCCAGUGGGAACCAACAUUUGAAAAAAUUGAUUCAAUUUUACAGGGUGUUACGAUAAACUGGUUUAUUUGGUAGUUUUUAUAACAAGAAGUGGAAUUGUUGCUUUAUGUUAACUCAUUCACCCCUGGAGACUCAUUUGAACUCUUCCAAUUCAAAGGGUGGAAUAGUUCAUUGUGAAACUUCAGGGGUGAAUGAGUUAAAUUAUGACAUGAUGUUAGAAUACUCAAGGGUUGAAAUAGACAGGUUUACUGUAAAACAUUAUAUUGUUUUAAUGUCUUCUGCUAGGAUGCACUUUCGUCAUAACAUUCCAGUUUAAAAACUAAAUGCAGUCUGUCUCAAAAGUCUUGUGUAAAAAAUAUUCCUCUGCAUGCUUACAGAUUACAUUUUAAUUUUAGAAAACCAUGUAUUUUUUUAAAACCGCUCUUCUGAAAACUGAAUCAUUUCUUAAGAAAUUUAGUUUUUCAAUUAUUUUGACAUUUUCUACAGUUAUCAAUCGCUGUAUCAGGUAGAAUGUAGUUAAUCCUUUGGUAAGUUCUUUAACCCUCUCACCCCUAUUUAACUUUAGUAGACUCUACCAUGCAUUGCACUGGAUGAGUCCAUUAUGGUCUACAGUGGUGAAAGGGUUAAGGAUCCCGUACCACUGCCAAAAACCUGUAACUAAGUAUUGGACACAGUUUUUUCUGGCAUUACUGUAACUUUGAUAAAUCAUUAAUGGAAAGAAAACCAUACCUUGUGGGACUGCUUUGAGAAAUGAUUAAGAGGAAAGUACAGAAUUAUAAUCAACAAUAGAGUUCUGAGUGUAAAAGUUCAGCGGGGCUUCACUGCGAUUUGAACCCUCAUGGACCUCAGCUUGUUAUACUACUGCUUUAAGUGAUUGAGCUUCCUGGAAAACGAAGCGCCUGGGCAAAACUGUGCUUCCGUUAUAUCUAAUUAGAGGACGUUAAGGAGAGGUUAUCGUAUAUAAGAAAAAACACAGUGCAGUGGGAAGAGAAUCCUUUAGUGUAUUUUGUGGGACUUAAUCUUUUUAACAUUUUGAGUGAUACGAAAAUGUAUUGUGGAUUUAAACUGAUUAUCUGAACACAUGCCAGUAUCAACCGGAGACUCUAAUAUCAGCCCGGGGGCCGAAUAUUUUAAAAUUUUCGGAUUAUCUUUCAAAAUAAUAAAUUUUGAAAAAUUGUGUUAAUGACUUGUUUUAUUAGCUGUAUCAAGAUUUUAAACACGGGUCCUCUGCUAUAGAUUAUACAUAUUGUUCAUCAGUGAUCAUGAUUUUUUUUUCAAGUCAGGGAAAUAGAACAAUAGAUGAAGAGAGACAAUUGACACAGUGUAGCUUUUAAUUUUCUGCCCAAUUUCUUUUAAUAUAACAAUUUUUGUUUCAAAUAUUUUGCAUCACUAGGAUAUCAUGUGAUCUUUAAUGCUUCAACUGAACUUGGAUGAAAGAUGUUAUCAACUUUUAUUAUUUAAACAUUGACACUCUAGGGAAGUGUGUAAAAAGCAAACUGAAUACAUGCGAAUGUUACUUAACUCAUUCACCCCUGAAAUUUUACAAGGAACUAGUCCAACCUUUGAACUGGAAGAGUUCAAACAUGUCUUCAGGGGUGAAUGAGUUAAAUUUUAAAAUUUGAUAGGAGGGGGUGUAAUCUUCAUUGAUUGUGCCUGUUUCACUUUCGAGAUGGGAAAAUUUACGGUAGCGUUAUCAUGCAUUUUAACAAGUAUUUGUAGUUGAAACGACUUUUACAUAUGUGACAUUGCUGAAAAUGUUAUUAUGUACUGUUUCUGGCUUUUCAUGGCACACAGACCAGGCCUAGUCAUUACUGCUAUUUGACUCUGUCAGUGUAAUAUGCAUACUGGCCGACUUAUAAUCGAGAUCCAACUAGAACUGUACACAGGUUAGUGUGGAUGAUAUGUGACUUUAUAUAAACUCGUUGUUUUAGCUGUUAAUGAUGCUGAUAGAUUUUAACUUGAAAUUAAUGAAGAUUCAUACAGAUGCUGUAUGGGUGGUUUUGAGCACAGUAUGAAUUCCUAUGAAUGAUAGCGAUAUAUGUCCAUUAAAUCAUUCUUCACCCUAUUUACCCAGAUGCAGUGCUGUGUCUGGUAGUGGUCAAACAACCUUAAUAUUGUGGUAAGGAUCAUUGCUCACAUAUUCUGUGAAGGAAAUAUAAUUCCAUUUUGAUUUAAAGAUAAAUCAAAUUUGUAUUUGAUAAAGUCAUAUUGAGCUAGCUUUAUGAGGUUAAUUUGAAUUUUCUAAAGUAGAAAAAUGUAAUAAAUUGGAAACAUUUAGAUGCAGAACUUAUUAUUUUCUUUAUAACAUUAAUAGGAACAUUUUAAAUUAGAAAAAAUGCAAGUUAAGUAAAUUGGAAAUCAUUAGGCGGAGAACUUAUUAUUUUCUUUAUAACGUUAAUUAGAACAUUUUAAAGUAGAAAAUGUAUGUUAAGUGAACUGGAAUUUGUUAUUGACGGACAACUUUUGAAAACUUACAGAUAAUGUUUUAAACACAGGCCUUCAAAUAAGAACACUUUUAAAAUAAAAGUGUUUGUUUAUCUUGUCUCGAUUUAAACUGUUACUCUUAGCGGAGUAACUGUGUAUUUCCUGUGUUGGCUUAUAAUUACCACUUGAUACUGUCGAGGUUGCAGAAAAUGUGUUGAACCGUGUAUCUAUAUAGUAUGUAUGUUGGCUUGCAAUGUACAUGUGCCAGGUUGCAGACCAAACGUUGUCGCUGUGUACGAACGCCAGUCAACAAUCACCCAGGAAUCGUAACAGUCGCACUAGUAUAAGUUCCUGGUAGGACUUCAACUUUUUUUCUGUCUGUGAUUCAUAAAUAUAUGAUGAAUAAAUAAACAAACAUAUUAAA